CUGAUGUAGUACACUUUGAAAUGCAGUAUGCUCGUCAACAUCUGCUUGAUUUCAUGUUUCGACAUGGGCAUUACAAGGAUGCUUGCUUGUUAUUUUUCCCUCCCAAUUCUGUUCCUCCACCUCCUCAACCAUCUUCAGGCGUUGUUACUUCAUCUUCUUCCCCUCAACGACAAGAUCCUUUGGCAACAGAUUAUGGGACCCUUGAUCUAUUGUGUGAUUUGUGCACUGCUUAUGGAGCCAUGCCUGUUUUGGAGGAAGUACUGUCAGGAAGAACUUCAAAUAUAACAUCGCAGGAUCCAUCGGUGAACAAACAUACAACUGCAGCACUUUCUCGCAUCUGUAAUUAUUGCGAAACUCACAAGCAUUUCAAUUAUUUAUACAAGUUUCAGGUAACAAAGAAGGAUCAUGUGGCAGCUGGGCUUUGUUGCAUACAAUUGUUUAUGAAUUCUACUUCUCAAGAAGAAGCUAUAAGACACUUGGAGAAUGCCAAGAUGCAUUUUGAGGAAGGCUUGUCAGCGCGACAUAAAGCAGGAGAGUCUACUAAGCUUAUUACCAAGGGCAUCCGAGGAAAAAGUGCNCCCUCUUUCCCUAUGCAAGGAUUGCUUUCACCUUCUGUGGGGUUUUAG